GACCCAAUACCGAACAUCCUCCACUACGUCUACGGUCUGAAGGAGCAAACGGAUGACUUUCCCUAUUUCGCCUAUCUCGCGGUACGGUCUGCUUUGAUCACGCUUGAGCCCGAGAAGGUCAUGUUCCAUUGCGUGUACCAGCCGAGCGGGUACUGGUGGGAUCGACUACUGGAGUGGGAAGGCGAGACACAUGGGAAGGCAGAAAGUGUGAAGGUGGAAGUUGUCAAGGCGCGGGAAGUAGAGUGGAUCGGACCACAGAGGAGGCCUGUCGAGCAUUAUGCCCAUAAGGCGGAUAUACUACGGCUGGAAGUAUUGCUCGAAUAUGGCGGGAUCUACCUCGAUAUCGAUACCUUCAUCGUCCGACCUUUCGCCCCGUACGGCCUCAUGCGGCAGGAUGUCGUCCUCGGAAUGGAAGCGCAUCCCCUGAAUCCUGCUCUGAUGUCGUACGGUCCAGGCUCGGACGACGGGAUGCACCCCAAGGGACUUUGUAAUGGCGUCAUCAUCGCUCGGCCAGGUGCGGAGUUCUUGCGGCGAUGGAUGACGACGUAUGAGGAGGCGUUCGAUAGCAGCUACUGGGAGUAUAACAGUGUGAUGCCGUGGCUACUUGCCAAGCUGUACCCCACGCUCCUCACUGUCCUGUCGGAUCGAGCAUUCUUUUGGCCACUCUACACCAAGGACCACAUACACGCCGUCCACUCGACUACAGACUACGACUUUUCGUCUUCAGGGCAAUUGGCAUAUCAUGCGUGGGAAUCGCUAGCCAAAGAUCACCUUGGCGCCUUGACUCCCGAGAACGUUCGUUUAAAGAACAGCUCAUUCACUCGCCUUGUCCGUCCCUUCCAGGCGAGUGACGAGGAAGUGAGGUGGAAGGCGGCGUUGGGAGAGCUUAGUGGAGGAGCCGGGCUGGGGAGCAGCUGGGGCGUGGGGCAAUUGGGGAUCGCAAAGUCGUUAGGGUGGGGGAGAUUAGCGUAA